AUGGCCUUGCGCAAGUGCACCGCUGCCCUGCGACAGCUUGGCCGUUCCGCAAAGUGGUCAGAGGCAAUCUCCAUCUUGCAGCAGUUGCACCAGCAUGGCCCAACACCGAACCUCAUUACCUACAAUGCAACUCUUAACGUGUGUGCGAAGGCCCGUCGCUGGAACGAGGCUCUCAAGCUGCUGCAGAAUUGCAUGGCCUUGCGCCUGGCCGACACACAAAGCUACAACACAGUGCUGGAGGCCUUGCGCAAGUACUGGACCUUGGCGUUGCAAUUGCUCACAGAGAUGGAGAAGAACUGGGUUCAGCGAAGUGUUGUUACCCUUGGUGCAGCUCUUGCAGCUUGCCGCGACUGGCAGCUAGCGUUGCAGAUGCUUCUCAAAGCGAAGGAUGACUCUAUUGCUCCAAACACCAUCGUCUAUAACUCCUUGAUCACCGCCUGUGAGAGAGGCUCCCAGUGGCCACUUUGUCUACUGCUGCUUGAUAUGCUGGAAUCUCCUUCGGUGGUAUCUUACAAUGCAACCAUCAGCGCAUGCGCUUCGGACCAGCAAAGCAGCAAAGCCCUGCAGAUCUUUCAGGUGAUGUGCUCAAGACGGCUGGAGCCAUCAACUGUCACCUUCAAUGCUUUGAUUCACUCACAUGCGCGAAGCUCCAAGUUGGAUUGCAUCAGAAACUUCAUCGACCGCAUGAAGAAGCACUGUCUUCAACCAGAUACCAUAAGCCUCAAUGGUCUCCUUGCUGGCUACGAGAAACGCUUCCAAUGGCAACAGGCCAUCCAGGCUGCCUUCCACCAGGGCAUACGGCUGGAUGUAAUCAGCUACAAUUCUCUCACGAGCGCUUGUGAGAAAGGACAGCAAUGGCAAGCAGCACUGGCGCUUUUCUCACAGAUGCAACAGGAAAGCUUGCAAGCCAAUGUGAUCUCCUACAGCGCUGUCAUCAGCGCUUGCGAGCAGGUCCAGCGUUGGAGUCUUGUAAUAUGUUUGCUCUCUGACAUGCAUCACAAGUUGCUGCAGCCCAAUGUCAUUACAUAUAGUGCUGCUGCCAGUGCCUGCGAAAAGGGUCACCGAUGGGCAGAGGUUUUGGAGUUGCUCGGCCAGAUGGACAGUGAAGACCUCCAACCAAAUGUCAUCACCUUUACGGCUGCAGUGAGGGCCUGCGAAGUGGCACAGAGAUGGGAGCAUUCCUUGAAGCUCUUCCAGGAGAUGCUGUCUGCGGGCAUCACACCAGAUGUCAUUGUGCAAAACACGGCCUCUAUGGCAUUGUCUAAAAGCCAACAGCAGCCGCGCCUAAAGGCUCAAUCCUUGCUACUCCUCAACGCUCAGCGCGGGCAAGAUUUGGUGGCAGAAGGAAAGGUGACUCGGAAGCUGUUGCAGCCUUUGGUACAGUCCUUGGCAUCACAGAAUCACCGUCGUCUUCGAGACUUUGGUGUGGCCUGGAGAGAGAAUGUCUGCGACUUGGGCCCACACUUUACGCGUGACGCUUCUGAGCAACUCUUGAAUAUUGAUCGCAGAUCUUCUGGAAAUGGAGCCUGCUUGGAGAGACUGAUGGAGGUCCACCUGCCCCUAGAGCCGGUGGCGCGAGAUCAGUUGGCCUUUGCAACUUGGCAGCUCCACCACACCAGGUUUGAACGCAAUUAUGAUGAGACAGCAGAGGAUGUGGAGGAGACCGAGACAGGCUACAAGGACAGAGUUCCGGGAGCGCGGUUUCAAACCCUACUGGCGGAAGGGCAAGGUCGACAGCAAUUAUGUGACCUUGGCGGUUGGGUGGAGUAUUAUCCACAGGCUCGCAUGACCGCAGGAUUGGGGGUAAUUUGUGACAUGAAGCUUUUGCAGGAAGCUUUGAUUCAUCAUCAUGAAGUGGAAGAGUUGCUUCGAAAGCUUACUUUGGAAGAGAAGGUGGACAUAUUGACCGGGAAGACUAUGUGGGAGGCUGGUGGCGUUCCCCGCCUGAAGCUUCCGCGACUGCGCUUCUCGGAUGGCCCGCAUGGAGCCCGUGGGUACGGCCUCCACGGCGACAAGGGUGCGGCACUUGCACCGUGUUUGAGCGCCCUAGCUGCCACCUUUGAUGAGGAGAUCCUCUUCCAGAUUGGUGAGAUCUUGGGCCAGGAAUGCGCCGCUCGUGGUGCCAAUGUUCUCCUCGGCCCAACCGUGAAUAUUCAUAGGUCUCCUAUCACUGGCCGGCACUUCGAAUGCUUUUCCGAGGACCCAUUUUUGACCUCUCGCUGUGCUGCCAGUUAUGUCAAAGGCGUGCAGCGUUUCUCUGCUGCAUGUGUGAAGCAUUUUGUUGGAAAUGACCAAGAGGCUGAUCGUGGCCACUCCAACUCAGUCAUUGGUGAGCGUGUUCUUCACGAGGUCUAUUUGCAGCCCUUUGAAGCGGCAGUCCGUGCUGGUGCACAAGCCAUUAUGCCGGGAUACAACAGACUUAACGGCCAAUACUGCGCUGAGAAUCAUCAUCUUCUUCAGGAGGUUUUGCGAGAUACUUGGCAGUUUAAAGGCCUGGUGGUCUCCGACUGGUGGGCAAAUCGAACCACCACAAAAGCUCUCACGGCUGGUCUCAAUGUCGAAAUGCCUGGCAUCGAGCCACGGUAUUUCGGAGGCUACCUGCUUGAGAAGGCACAACAGGGUGAAGUCACCACGGAGCUACUGGAUGAGCGCUGCCGCCCGGUACUGCGAACAUUGCUCAGCUUUCCACGAACAGGCGUCUGCAAAGCUCCCGAGCUUUCGAAGAGGAAAGCUGUCUUCAAGCAAGCUGCCUUGGAGUCACUGGUGCUUUUGAAGAACUCCUCUGGUGCAUUGCCUCUAAGAGGCAUGCAAAGCCUGGCGAUAAUAGGACCACAAGCAGCGGCCACCACAUUGCAAGGUGGAGGUAGUAGCCGGGUGCAUCCAGAUCGAAGCCCUUCAAUUCUGGAUGCGUUGCAAACUGCCUUGGCUGGAAAGGGAGUCCAGCUCAUGCACGAGGCUGGGUGCCUCAUGGGAGAGCGGCCGACCAAAAACCCGGAGCUCGAGGGUCUCAAGAGGAUGGGAGCUUGCCAUGCUGAUGGGCAACCAGUACAGUUUCACUUUGAGGCAAAGAUGCUUGAUGUCAUCCUGCAAGUGGCUUCCAGCUGCUCGCAAAAGGAAUUCUUCCGGCGACGUUGCAUGCCCUGCCUACGGCCCUUGGGCCUGAGGCACACAAAUCCGGAUGAGGCACACAAGAGCAUUGUCUCCAUGGAGUGGAGCAAUCCUUCUGGUGAAGGUGAUCAAGUUCAGCGAAGGGGAGCGAUGAUGCUCCGGGGUUUGUGCGUCGGUGGCCUGGUCGGUGGUGCCUGUGCUGGUGUGGCUGCGUUGGCCGGCGGCGCGGUGGCCACAUGUGGCGCGCUGGUUUGUGCCGGCAGCGCUUUGGGCAUGAUCGGUGCAGAAGGUCUCCGAGUGCGCCAUUCGCAGGUUCUGGAGAGUGAGUCCAAGUCCAUGCAGCAUGCGGAAAACUUGGCGGCGGAAUGUGAUGCCACCGUACUGGUCUUAGGCACCGAUGGCUUUUGGGAAUGUGAAGGUGUGGACCAACCGCACAUGCGCCUUCCGGGAAGACAGGACGAAUUGGCACGCAGAUGUGCUGCUUCCGCAUCUGCUGCUGGCAAACCCUUGGUGGUGGUGCUCAAUGUUGGAAGCCCUAAGGAGCUUCCGUGGCUUGAUGAAGUUGGUUCAGUACUCCUGUCCUACUAUGGUGGGGAGUGCACAGGAGAAUCCGUGGCUGCAUGUCUUCUGGGUGAGUGCCCUUCUGGGCGUCUUCCAACAACGUGGCCAAGAUGCCUUGAAGAGGCAUCCUCCGAAGUGGCCAGGCAAGGAAAGUUUGACCAGCCAGGCAAUGUGGAGUAUCACGAGGGCUUGUUCUUGGGCUAUCGCAAUGGUGAGCUCGAUCCUGUCUUCCACUUUGGACAUGGGCUUUCCUACACAAACUUUGAAUACAGUGACUUGCAGGUGGACCUGAACGUCAUAUCUGCCACAGUAUCUUUGCAGGUCAAGAAUGUGGGAGCUGCCACUGGUGCUGAGGUCAUUCAGGUCUAUAUCACGACACUCAAGGUGCCACGAGCCCUGAAAGCCUUUCAGCGCACCAAGGCCUUGCAACCUAAUGAGUCAGUCAAGGUGACCUUCCAAUUGGACGAGCGUGGUCUGGGCAGCUUUUACGAAGGUGGAUGGAAAUCUCCGGAUGCUGGCAGUGAGUUGCUGUUGGAAGUCGGCGCGUCCUCAAAGGAUGUGCGUCUUAGCCAGAAGUUGCUUCUUUAA